UUCACAGCCUCCGACUCCGCCUGGGGCGAUGCGCGCGCGUGGCUGGACCAGGCUCCCCCGGAAGAUAUUUUAGCCCGUCUCCCACUCUUCCUGCGCUGGAGACCGCCAGUUCCCGUUCCUCUCCCUUGUGUCAUCUUAUUUUUAAUUAUAAAUCAUGGGAGAUGAAGAUAAAGCAAUUGAACAUGAAGAUUUCACACCAUCCACAGGAAUGGACCACACAGCCUCUACAUAUCAAGAAACACAGGAGGAAGCAGUUAUGAACUCUAAAGGAAUAGAUGCAAAAGAACCAACAGAAGGAAGUAACCUCCUGAAUAGUAGUGAAAAAAAGCUACAAGAAAUACCAACUGAAUCAAAUAAUUUGCGAAGACUAGGACAAACAUUUGCUUGCCCUCCACAUGGCUUGCUGGCUAGAGGGAUAACAAAUGUUACCAUGGUUGUUCUUCUGUGGGCUGUAGUUUGGUCAAUUACUACCAGCGAAUGUCUUCCUGGAGGAAACCUAUUUGGAAUUAUAAUCCUAUUCUAUUGUGCCAUCAUUGGAGGUAAACUUUUGGGGCUCAUUAAGUUACCAACAUUACCUCCACUGCCUCCUCUUCUAGGCAUGCUUCUUGCUGGGUUUCUUGUCAGAAAUAUCCCUGUCAUCAGUGAUAAUGUACAGAUCAAGCAUAAGUGGUCUUCCUCUUUGAGAAGCAUAGCCCUGUCUAUCAUAUUGGUUCGUGCUGGCCUUGGGCUUGAUUCAAAGGCCCUGAAGAAGUUGAAGGGUGUUUGUAUAAGACUGUCCAUGGGUCCUUGUCUUGUGGAGGCAUGCACAUCUGCACUUCUGGCCCACUUUCUAAUGGGCUUACCAUGGCAAUGGGGAUUUAUCCUGGGUUUUGUUUUAGGUGCUGUAUCUCCAGCUGUCGUAGUGCCUUCAAUGCUCCUUUUGCAGGAAGGAGGCUAUGGAGUUGAAAAAGGCGUCCCAACCUUACUUAUGGCUGCUGGCAGCUUCGAUGAUAUUCUGGCUAUCACUGGCUUCAACACAUGCUUGGGCAUGGCCUUUUCCACAGGCUCCACAAUUUUUAAUGUUCUCAGAGGAAUUUUAGAGGUGGUAAUUGGUAUGGCAACUGGAUCUCUUCUUGGAUUUUUUAUUCAGUACUUUCCAAGCAGUGACCAGGACAAACUUGUGUGGAAGAGAGCAUUCAUUGUUUUGGGGCUGUCCAUACUAGCUGUGUUCAGCAGCGUGUAUUUUGGUUUCCCUGGAUCAGGAGGAUUGUGCACACUGGUCAUGUCCUUCCUUGCAGGUUUGAGAUGGGCUGGCGAAAAGGCAGAUGUUGAAAAAAUUAUUGCAGUUGCCUGGUACAUCUUUCAGCCCCUUCUGUUUGGACUGAUUGGAGCAGAAGUAUCUAUUGCAUCUCUCAGACCAGAAACUGUAGGCCUUUGUAUUGCCAUCCUUGGCACUGCAGUAUUGAUACGAGUUUUGACUACAUUUCUGAUGGUGUGUUUUGCUGGUUUUAACAUAAAGGAAAAGAUAUUUAUUUCUUUUGCAUGGCUUCCGAAGGCCACAGUCCAGGCUGCCAUAGGAUCUGUGGCUUUGGACACAGCAAGAUCACAUGGAGAGAAACAAUUGGAAGAAUAUGGAAUGGAUGUGUUGACAGUGGCAUUUUUGUCCAUCCUCAUCACAGCCCCAAUUGGCAGUCUGCUCAUCGGUUUGCUGGGCCCCAGGCUUCUCCAGAAAGCUGAACAUCAAAAUAAAAAUGAAGAAGUUCAGGAAGAGACUUCUGUACAAGUUUAGAGGUGAAGAGAGAGAAUGCUGAAUAUAAUGAUUAGAAAGCUGCUACCAGAGCUAAUUUUAUCAGCUACCAGAGGCUACUUUAUCUAGAUGGAUAUUGAGAUAUGUAAUGUUUAAACCUUAAAUGUAAUAGAAACAAAAGUGUGGCUAUUUCUUUAAAGAGCAUUUUCAGCCAUUAUCCUUUCCAUUUGUAUGGUAAUAUUCUACAACUCCAACCUGAUUUCUCGACCUUUUUUUUUUUUUUUUAAAUAAGUCUUCAUCAUAUAUCUUAAUUUGUUUAGG